GGUGUAGAGAGAGAGACUAACGAGAGGGAGUGUGUGGAGGGAGAGGCAGGGCCGUAGCCCACAGCGGCGGCGGUAGCGGCGGCCAUGGCGGGCAGCUUCGAGUCGAGCGACUCGGGCCUGUGGUACUACCGGCAGAUGGGGCGCUCGGAGGCGCAGAGUCGCCUGCAGGGACAGCGGCACGGCCUCUUCCUCGUCAGGGACAGCACCACCUGCCCCGGGGACUACGUGCUGUCUGUGAGCGAGAACUCCAAGGUCUCCCACUACAUCAUUAACAGCCUACCGGGGCGCUUCAAGAUCGGCGACCAGGAGUUCGACAACCUCCCUGCUCUCCUCGAGUUCUACAAGAUCCACUACCUGGACACCACCACGCUGAUCGAGCCCGUGGCCCGGAACAACGUGACCUCCCAGCAGCAGCAGCAGCAGCACCUGGCGUCCGUCGUCGCUGGCUCGCUGUGCCCGGUGCCACCCAGCGAGGACAACUGCGAGUACGUGCGGGCACUGUUUGACUUCAAGGGGAACGAUGCGGAGGACCUGCCCUUCCGCAAGGGCGAGCUGCUGCUGGUGCUGGACAAGCCGGAGGAGCAGUGGUGGAUGGCUCGCAGCCGGGACGGCCGCACCGGCAUGAUCCCCGUGCCGUACGUGGAGCGCUGUGCCGGCGGUGCCGGCGGUGCCGGCGGUGCCGGCGGUGCCGGCGGUGCCGGAACGGCGGUGGCGGCGGUGCGGCAGACGGGCGAUGCCUCAAACGCCCCGGCGGGGGUCGGUGCCGGGCUCACGUCACCGCAGCCGCAGCCGCCGCUGCCGAUGAUGGUGAUGAUGGUGGGCGGUGGACAGCAGCAGCAGCAGCAGGGCACGGGGAGCAUGGCCGGGAACAGCUUGGGCACAGGCGCCCUGCACGGAGCGGCCUCCCCGGCCCCCGGGGGACCUCCCCCGGGCAGCGGCCUCACGCCCAGCCGCACCGGCCUGGGGCGGCUGGCUCCUGAGGCCGGCCGCUACGCCCAGCCGCAGGGCGUCCCCAACAGCCCCCUGCUGCCCUCCCUGCACAACGGGCCGGUGGUGGCGAGAGUCAUCCAGAGACGGGUCCCCAACGCCUACGACAAGACAGCACUCGCACUGGAGGUUGGUGACGUGGUGAAGGUCACCAAGAUGAACAUCAACGGGCAGUGGGAGGGCGAGGUGAAUGGCCGCUGUGGCCACUUCCCCUUCACCCACGUGACACUCACAGCACCAGCGGUGCCAGCGGUGGUGCCAGCGGCGGCGACACCACACGGCAGUGGCCAUGACGAUGCCGGGGGGGGCGACUUCAGCUGAGGAGGGGGGGGG